AUGAUUGCCUCCUCCCUUCUCCCGUCCCGGUUCCGGGGCGAGCAGCCUGCCUCCCAGGCAAAACCUCCAUCUUGGCUCAACACCAAGAUCACGCCCUUCCUCCGCUCUGUCUCCGCGAUCACGGCCUCCCACCCUAUCCACACCAUCGUUGUAGUUGCGCUGUUGGCCAGCUCGUGUUAUCUUGGCCUGCUGGAGGAGAGUCUAUUCGAUGCUACACAAACUGUUAGGACAGCCGACUGGUCCUCCCUGACCGAGGGCAGCCGUAGUCUUCACGCCGGCCCAGAUUCGGCGUGGAAAUGGCAGACUUGGGACUCGGAUGCCGGUCUUGGGAGCGAUGUUGACCACUUGGCCCUCCUGACCUUUGUGUUCCCCGACUCGCUCUCCGACGAUGCCGCCAAGACCGCGCCGCUGCUGGAAACUAUCCCUCUACCGGAGAACAUAUCUAUCAUCUCGCUGCCAUCUACCUCCAAUUCCUUGACCACCUAUGCGCAAGAGACCUCCGUGGCCCUCGGCGUCCCCUACAAGCAGGCGCCUCAGUUCCUGGCUGCCGCGCAGGAGAUUCCCAAUGAUAUCCCGAGCGAGGAGACACGCGAGACUGAACAUGGCAGGGAGAAGAAGAUGUGGAUCAUGAAGGCAGCCAAGGUAAGCCCACGAAACAGCGUCGUGGAGUGGGCCAACAACGCCUGGUUCGACUUCAUUGAUCUGCUCAAGAAUGCUGAGGCGCUCGAUAUCACUAUCAUGUUCCUCGGGUACAUCUCCAUGCAUCUGACCUUUGUCUCCUUGUUCUUGUCGAUGCGUCGCAUGGGUUCCAACUUCUGGCUGGCUGCGACCACUCUCUUGUCCUCGGCUUUCGCUUUCAUGUUCAGCUUGGUUGUCGUCACUAAGCUUGGCGUUCCGGUUUCCAUGGUUCUCCUGUCCGAGGGUUUGCCGUUCCUGGUCAUCACGAUUGGAUUCGAGAAAAACAUCACUCUGACCCGAGCUGUUCUCAACCACUCCAUCGAGCACAAGGCUGCGCAAGAAAAGAACGGCAAGAGUAAGGAGACCACGUCCAAUUUCAUCCAGUCCGCGAUUCAGGUCGCCAUCAAGGAAAAGGGCUACGAUAUUGUUAAGGAUUAUGUCAUCGAGAUUGUGGUGCUUGUCCUCGGAGCCGCUUCCGGUGUCCAGGGAGGGCUGCAGCAGUUCUGUUUCCUUGCCGCCUGGAUCCUCUUCUUCGACUGCAUCCUGCUGUUCACCUUUUACACUGCAAUUCUUUGCAUUAAGCUCGAGAUCAACCGGAUCAGGCGCCAUGUGGAGAUGCGACGAGCCCUCGAGGACGAUGGUGUCAGCCAUCGUGUAGCUGAGAAUGUCGCACAGAGCAAUGACUGGCCCCGGGCUGACGGCAAGAAGGCUGGCGCGUCUCUCUUUGGAAAGCAGAUCAAGAGCACCAGCGUCCCCAAGUUCAAGGUUCUGAUGGUCUCCGGGUUCGUUCUGAUCAACGCAAUCAACCUCUGCACUGUUCCCUUCCGGGACACUGACUCUCUAUCCACUAUCUCGUCCUGGGCUGGUGGUCUCGGUGGCCUUGUCGCCAACCCACCUGUGGAUCCUUUCAAGGUCGCCUCCAACGGUCUCGAUACCAUACUGGCGCAGACGAACGCCAACAACCGGGGUGUCGUGGUGACAAUCUUGACUCCGAUCAAGUACGAGCUGGAAUUCCCUUCAAUCCACUAUGGCAAGAUCCCUCAGACGAACGAUGAUGAUGUGGACGACCUGGGCUACGGAAGAGUGGUUGGCAGCAUCCUCAAAAGUCUGGAGGACCCUGUCUUGUCCAAGUGGAUCGUCAUUGCACUGGCCAUGAGCGUUGCUCUGAACGGAUACCUCUUCAACGCCGCCAGAUGGGGAAUCAAAGACCCCAACGUCCCCGAGCACCCAAUCAAUGUCAAGGAGCUUGCCAGAGCGCAGAGAUUCAACGACUCGGACCCCACGACACCCGGCCCAUACGAAAGGUCAGCUCGCCCGUCGCCUACCGAGGCCAACCCACCCACGCCCGCUGCUACCGACGACGAGAGUGAUUCGUCGGCCUUUAAGCGCAUCGCUUCCUCGGUCUCUAUUGUCAACGACGGGCCUCAACGUCCAUUGGAGGAGCUUCACAAGCUACUUGCUGAAAAGCGUGUUCCCGAGAUGAACGAUGAUGAAAUCAUUACUCUCGCACUCAAGGGCAAGGUCCCUGGCCACAGCCUGGAAAGAACACUGAAAGACUGCACUCGCGCUGUCAAGAUCCGUCGCGCUAUCAUUUCUCGCACCAAGGCUACUUCAGAUCUCACCAACGUACUGGAGCGAUCCAAGCUCCCGUAUCAGAACUACAACUGGGAUCUGGUCCUUGGUGCAUGCUGCGAGAAUGUCAUCGGCUACAUGCCUCUGCCGGUCGGUGUCGCGGGGCCCCUGGUGGUUGAUGGACAGAGCUUCUUCAUCCCUAUGGCUACGACAGAAGGUGUCUUGGUUGCCAGUGCCAGUCGUGGCUGCAAGGCCAUCAACGCUGGAGGUGGUGCUGUGACGGUGCUGACUGGUGAUGGCAUGACCCGCGGACCUUGCGUGACCUUCGAGACAUUGGAACGAACCGGAGCUGCCAAGCUGUGGCUGGACUCCGACGCCGGCCAGGCUGCAAUGAAGAACGCCUUCAACUCGACCAGCCGCUUUGCACGACUCCAAUCAAUGACGUCUACAAUCGCCGGAACAAACCUGUACAUUCGUUUCAAGAGCAGGACAGGCGACGCUAUGGGAAUGAACAUGAUUUCCAAGGGUGUCGAGCAUGCGCUCGAUAUCAUGGCAAACGAGCAUGACUUCCAGGACAUGCAAAUUGUGUCUCUAUCCGGGAACUACUGUAUCGACAAGAAGCCCGCCGCUAUCAACUGGAUCGAAGGAAGAGGCAAGAGCGUGGUUGCCGAGGCUAUCAUCCCCGGUGACGUCGUCAAAUCGGUGCUCAAGACCGAUGUCGACACCCUCGUCGAGCUUAACAUCAACAAGAACCUGAUCGGGUCCGCCAUGGCUGCCAGUGUCGGAGGCUUCAACGCCCACGCCGCAAACUUGGUGGCCGCGGUGUUUAUUGCCACUGGCCAGGACCCGGCGCAGGUUGUGGAGAGUGCGAACUGUAUCACAAUCAUGAAGAACCUCCGAGGGUCGCUCCAGAUCUCUGUCUCAAUGCCCUCCAUCGAAGUUGGCACACUCGGCGGUGGCACCAUUUUGGAACCGCAGGCUGCCAUGCUGGACAUGUUGGGUGUGCGCGGUGCCCACCCGGUCACCCCAGGCGAGAAUGCCCGUCGCCUCGCGCGCGUCAUCGCCUCGAUCGUGCUGGCUGGCGAGCUGUCGCUUAAUGCCGCUUUGGCCGCUGGCCAUCUGGUUAAGGCACACAUGGCACACAACAGGUCCGCACCGCCAACGCGCGCCGGCACGCCUGCGCCGCCAUCCGGUCUCUCAAUGACCAAUAUGAGCGCCGCUGCCGUGGAGAGGGCCAGACGUUAG